AUGGAACCACCAAUUGCUCUUAUUAAUCCAAUUCCAAAUGAUGUUCGCAGCGCAUUUAAAGCUUACAUUGAGAGCCCGACUUACACUAACAGAGAGCGCAUUGAAUACACCAAAUGGUGGGAGUUGCACAUCUUACUUGACAAUCCCGACCGAAAACCGCGGAACCCAGCUGAGUCUCGACUUAAGCACAGGGCUUUCUCUGAAUUUGAACUCAUCAACAAUCGGCUACAUCGCAAGCCAGAUUCCAAGCACCCAGAGCCACGAUAUGUGGUACCUGAGAAUGAAGCUUUUGAUACAAUUGCCAAUCAACAUUUACAACUGCUUCAUGCUGGGAAGAACAAGACUUGCGAAGCAGUGCAGCAAAAGUUUUAUGGCAUAACGCGUGCAGAUGUUGAAUUUAUUAUCAAACGUUGCAAGAACUGUGCACUUAAUCGACCAGCUGCGACGAAGCCUCCGCUAGUUCCCAUUGUUACAACUCGGGCUUGGGAACGUGUUCAAGCUGACCUAAUUGAUAUGCGCCAUGAACCAUCAGGUCAAUACAAGUGGAUACUACACAUCAAGGAUCACUUUUCCAAAUAUACCCAGCUGUAUCCAUUGAAAAGCAAGCACGCAGAGCCUAUUGCACAGGCCUUUACUCGAUUUAUCGCCGCCUUCUUACCUCCCAAGAUUGUUCAAACCGACAAUGGCAAAGAAUUCAAAGGAGCCUUAUUGAUCUUGCUGCGCAAGUAUGGGAUUCAGAUUAUUAACGGAGCACCAAGAUCACCUCAAACCCAAGGUUUGGUUGAACAAGCCAAUGGAGUAGUAGAAGCGAAGCUCAGAGCUUGGAAAAUGGAUAACGGAUCUACUGAAUGGGCCAAUGGAAUUAUGGAAGUUACGCUGGCAAUGAACACCCAGAAGCACUCAACUAUUGGUUGUGCUCCUGUAGAGCUGCUCUUUAGGGAGCGUACUCUCUAUACUGACUGGUUAAAUCAGCAAAAGCGACUAGACCCUGCUGUCGGCGUCCCCCAAGAGGAUUCCGCCCAAGCUCCAAUCUGUACCCUUAGCCCAGGCACUCCUGCUUCCAGUCCUGUAAUCAAUAUUGGGGUUAGCCCAGGCAGUUCCCAGAUUACCAUGCUUAUCAGCCCAGAAGCCGGGGUAGGGUCAGAAAUCAACGUACGAAUCUCGCCACCAAUUCGUAGCUCUCCAACACCCGAGCCAGAUCAAGAGCAGCGGGUGUCAGAGCUUACAGAUCAAGUAAUUGCGAAAGCCCAGAAGGCAACCCAGAGAGCAAAGCUUCGGAUGAUGCAGAAGUACUCUAAACAGCACAUCAUUCAACACUUUAACAUUGGAGACAUCGUCUCCAUCAAGGUUCCGAGAGAAGAUCGCACCUCCACUGAUAACCGGCGACUAUUUGGGCGUAUUCUAGAAGAACCCUACGCCCACAGAUACAGGAUCUUGACUACUUCAGGAGUUAUUAAGCGAUUAAUACCUACCAAGGGAUUAAGCGUGGUGAAUGAGUCUCUCUGGCCCGAUGUCACUAUUCCGAUGACUACUAAGGAAGUUACGCUUACAGAAGCAGCUAGGGACGCUUCCACCAGUGCACGAGUCGGAGUGUCAUGUCAGUGUAAAGGAGAGUGUAAUACCAAGCGGUGCAGGUGUUACAAGGAAAAUAAAGAGUGUACAGUUCAUUGCCAUGGGGAUGAUCAUAACUGCGGAAAUCAAUCAGGAUUGGCAAUUGGGGCUGAAUUGGCGUUAGUUGAGCGACCGAAAAAGAAGAGGGCGAGGGCAGAUACAGUAGGAAACAGUAAUUAA